GCAUGAAUCGCUGCUGGGCGCUCUUCCUGUCUCUCUGCUGUUACCUGCGUCUGGUCAGCGCCGAGGGGGACCCCAUUCCCGAGGAGCUCUACGAGAUGCUGAGUGACCACUCGAUCCGCUCCUUCGAUGACCUCCAGCGUCUGCUGCAUGGAGACUCUGGAGAUGAAGACGGGGCUGAGUUGGACCUGAAUCUGACCCGGUCCCAUCCUGGAGGCGAGCCGGAGAGCUUAUCCCGUGGGAGAAGGAGCCUGGGCACCCUGACGGAUGCCGAGCCAGCCAUGAUCGCCGAGUGCAAGACACGCACCGAGGUGUUCGAAAUCCCCCGGCGCCUCAUCGACCGCACCAACGCCAACUUCCUGGUGUGGCCGCCCUGUGUGGAGGUGCAGCGCUGCUCCGGCUGCUGCAACAAUCGCAUCGUGCAGUGCCGCCCCACCCAGGUGCAGCUGCGGCAAGUCCAGGUGAGAAAGAUCGAGAUCGUGCGGAAGAAGCCGAACUUUAAGAAGGCCAUGGUGACCCUGGAGGACCACCUGGCAUGCAAGUGUGAGACGGUGGUGGCAGCCAGGCCCGUGACACGGAACCCAGGGAGUUCCCAGGAGCAGCGAGCCAGGACGCCCCAAACUCGGGUGGCCAUCCGGACGGUUCGAGUCCACCGGCCCCCCAAGGGGAAGCACCGGAAAUUCAAGCACACGCAUGACAAGAAGGCACUGAAGGAGACCCUCGGAGCCUAGGGCCAUCUGCAGGAGAGUGUGGGCAGGGUUAUUUAAUAUGGUAUUUGCUGUAUCGCCCCCAUGGGGUCCUUGGAGUGAUAAUAUUGUUCCCCUCGUCCGU